AUGCCCUGUCUUGAUUCAGGAUGCGAGCGUUGCCAAAUUUCUUUUCAAGACGAUGUUGAUCAUUUUGAGCUUGUAAAUAAUCUGCAGCUUCUGAAGAAGUCGUUGCAUGUGGAGCACCUAGUUGAGUCGGCCUUUCUAAAGGAAAAUGAUAUUUUUCUUACCCACGCUUACAACCGGCAGCAGCCUGCUUCUGAAGUAACCUCAACAAGAGACAGUACUAAAAUUGCAGUGGAGGUGGAUGCUAACGAAGAGGCAAAUACUUCCUUAGAUGGGAGUAUACCUGUGAACGGAAUGCAUUACACUUGCUCGAACGGGGUUAAUCAAAAGACACUGUCUCAAUCUACCACAGUUUCAUCUGAGGGUAAUUGUCUCAUGGAGAAUGACGAAAAUAAUCUCUAUCUUGAUGAUGGUGCUCAAGGGGAUUAUAUUCCCUAUAACUAUGAAGAGGAGAUGGAACAAUGCAGCGAGUAUAUUUUCAGCAAUCAGCCCUAUUGCCCUCGUAUGUCUAGGUCGAAUUGCUCCAAUUCUAAUGUACCCACUGUGGCAGAUGGGGCUAGAUUUAGCAACCACCACGUCAGUGCGGAGCUUCCGGAUACGGUGUCUGCGUACAACCGUGUCUAUGGUAUGAAUGGCGGCCUCGAGAGACAUUCAAGCGAAUACCAAAAGCAUGCCAAUCGUCAUUACCACUGGAUACGAAAUUGGCUUUGGGUUCAGAACAUGCAAACACAGGUGUCACUAACCGAUGAGCAAUCCCAACAUGCACUGCGUGCGCUUCUUCGGGAAGCUUGUCGUCGCGACAUUCUUCGAUUGCGUGCAUUACCUGCGGAGAAGUUUAUCAACACAUCUCACCCCACGCAGUCGCAAAGUUCAAUGGGCAUAUUUACACCUAUCGAGAUCAACCCCUGCACACCAACUGAAUGCAAAGCUCUCUAUAUCCGCCGGGUUACCGAGAAAUGGCACUCUUUGGCGAAUAAUGUAAACCGAGAGCUUGGAAAAGGCACUCCGACCCGCUCUCUUCUCGCACUGUUGAGUGCUCAGUCUCUUUUCUGCAGCGAUCUUAAUAAUAUCAUCCGUGAACUUGAGCCCCGUCUAGUAGAGGACUCCAAGCAGCAGCGCCGUAUCCGCGCCCAACAGCUGAUCCUAGAGCUCUCAGAAAAGGGCCAGCUUUUUGUGCCACCGCCAACACCAGAGAGGGGCCCCGGUUCAAUAGUGGAGCCGAUGCAGCCUCCCUCUCCUACAUGGAGUGGAUGCAAGACACCUGACGAUGAUACCCCUGCGAUCAGCUCUGAUGACGAUGGCGACUACGAUGAUGACAAUCACAACGACUCCAUCACAACUAGCAUUCGGCACAACAAUCUCCUUUAA